AUGGCACCGAGGCCUAAUACUCUCCACAAACUUCCACUCACUCGCCAACAACAUGGGCUCGCACUCCUCAGACGAAGCCCAGUGCCCCAAAACUACUUUCUCAGCAGCGGUUCCGGCAUACAGGCAUUCAACAUACCACCUCAAAACGGCAAGGCCUCGCGGAACAAGGCAAUCCGACAGCAGUGGGGCCGAUGCCAAGUAUUCUCUCCCGGGACAGUGCUGUCUGCCUCGCUUGGGGGAGAGGCGUUCGCCCCAGCAACCACCGAGGAAAUGGGUACGACUGCCUUAUCCACCGUUCAGACACUUGUGGCCAGACCGUCUAACGCUGGUGCUGGCAAAGGUACGACUGUUGCUCUCCCUGUUGCCAUUCUCCAAAGCAAAACUCAGCUUAUGGUAUCGCCAAACGUCUCACCAUAUUGCUUUUGGUGA